AUGGCAUCUGAUCCUAAUUCCAUAGCAUCUUCUAUACUCAUAUCAUCUCUAUACCUACUUUCUAGUAUACCUAAUGCUGCAUAUGAUCCAGAACCCAAAGUACCAUAUGAUAUGUUUUUACUGUGUGAAUCAGGUGAUAUUUUAAUUAAACUCACUCCAUUAAUCGAAUCUAUUCCACCCAAAAUCAGUGCUGAUUGA